AUGGCCCACGACUCGGGCUGGCUCCAGUGGGCUCUGAUCCUCGUCCUGACCGCCCUUCUGCUCUCCGUCGCCGUCCUCACCCAGACCGCGAGCGCCUACUGGGCCGCCUACGUCGCCGCCCCCCGCGAAAUGGCCACGUUUAUCGACACGGUAGACUUUUCCAUCCAGGAGAACGAGAGCUACGACAAGGACAUGGCCAAGGUCCAGCGCCUCGAGGACAAGCUCCGCCUCGGUCAGCUCCUCCGCGAGAUCCAAAAGACGGGCGACGACCUGCGCGAGGAGCUCAACGCCCUCCUCAUCGCCGCUGAGAACGUCACCGGCGCUGGCACCAGCAGCGCCAUGCGCACCAGCACCCGCCUCCUCUGGGCCGCCAAGCGCGUCCAGCUCGAGGACCGCGUGCGCCGCCUCGACCUGCUGCGCAUGCGCUUCCUCGUCGUCUUCCUCGGCAUCAUCACCUCGGUCGCCGACAGGCAACCCCCGCCGCCGCCACCGCUUCCUCAACACCCUCGGGAUUUGGAAAAAUCCCCCGCCACGAUGACGCCGAGCAAGCCUGCGCUGCGCAAGUCAUUCACUGACAGCACCCCCAGACGUCCGCCUGUCCGCCGGCUCACCAUGCAGGCCAUUGGCCACCAGGAGAACAUGGCCUCGAUGGGACGGCAGGGCUGGGCCGGUGUUGUUCAGGAGCUGCAGCUCUCGCCGCGCAUGCAACAGCGUCAUGCCUCCAUUGAGCGGUCCAUGUCCGUGGAGAGGUCCCUUUCACCACGCGAGAGGGCCUUGUAG